AUGGUUAGUGUGAUGAACAUGAUGCAUGUGAUCUCCGUCCCCUACUCCCUGAUGAAGGUCAACCCUCUGAGCUGGAUCCAGAAAGUCUGUCAGUAUAAAGCUAAAGUGUCGUGUGUGAAGUCGCGGGACAUGCACUGGGCUCUGGUGGCCCACAAAGACCAGAAGGACAUCAACCUGAGCUCUUUGAGGAUGCUGCUGGUGGCGGACGGCUCCAACCCCUGGUCCAUCUCCUCCUGUGAUGCCUUCCUGAACGUGUUCCAGACCAAAGGGCUCAGAGCUGAUGUCAUCUGUCCCUGUGCCAGCUCCCCUGAGGCGCUCACUGUCGCCAUCCGCAGGCCUGUGGAGGACAGCAGUCAGCCCCCCGGUCGUGGGGUCCUCUCCAUGGGGGGUCUUAGCUAUGGUGUGGUGCGUGUGGACACGGAGGAGCGGCUGUCUGUGCUCACAGUGCAGGACGUGGGGACAGUGGCCCCCGGAGGCCUGGUGUGUGUGGUGAAGCCAGAGGGAGUGCCACAGCUCUGUCAGACAGAUGAGAUCGGUGAAAUGUGUGUUUGCUCCGUCGCCACUGGAACCUCGUACUAUGGCCUCACCGGGAUGACCAAGAACACCUUUGAGGUGUACCCGGUGAGCACCACAGGGGGUCUGGUCAGUGAGUAUGCCUUCAUCCGGACUGGACUGCUGGGCUUCAUUGGGCCUGGAGGUCUCGUCUUCAUCACAGGGAAGAUGGACGGCCUCAUCAUGGUCAGUGGCAGAAGGCACAACGCAGACGACAUCGUGGCUACAGCGCUCGCUGUGGAGCCCAUGAAGUUUGUCUACAGAGGGAGGAUAGCAGUGUUUUCAGUGACGGUUCUCAGAGACGAGAGGAUCGUGGUGGUGGCUGAACAAAGACCUGACUCCACAGAAGAAGACAGUUUCCAGUGGAUGAGCCGAGUGCUGCAGGCCAUCGACAGUAUCCACGGUGUGGGAGUCUUCUGUUUGGCUCUGGUUCCGGCUAACACUCUGCCCAAGACCCCCCUGGGGGGCAUCCACCUGUCGGAGAUCAAACAGCUGUAUUUAGAGGGAGGACUGCACCCGUGUAACGUGCUCAUGUGUCCGCACACGUGUGUCACCAACCUGCCCAAGCCCAGACAAAAGCAGCCAGAGAUCGGGCCGGCCUCUGUGAUGGUGGGGAACCUGGUGUCUGGGAAGAGAAUUGCUCAGGCCAGUGGGCGGGACUUAGGCUCCAGCGACGACAACGACCAGUUCUUGUUCCUGUCUGAGGUCUUACAGUGGCGAGCACAGACCACCCCAGACCACGUCCUCUACACACUGCUCAGCUCCAGGGGAGCGGUGUCCAACUCACUCAGCUGUCUGCAGCUCCACAAACGUGCAGAGCGAGUGGCGGCGCUUCUCAUGGAGCGAGGCGGUCUGCAGGAGGGCGACCACGUGGCCCUGGUCUACCCCCCUGGCAUCGACCUGAUCGCUGCCUUCUACGGCUGCCUGUACGCCGGCUGCGUGCCCAUCACUGUGAGACCUCCUCAUCCACAAAACAUCUCCACCACUCUGCCCACAGUCAAGAUGAUCGUCGAGGUGAGCCACUCUGCCUGUGUGAUGACCACAGCGGUCAUCUGUAAACUGCUGCGCUCCAAAGAGGCCAUGGCCACCGUGGACAUCCGGAACUGGCCUCCGGUGCUGGACACAGACGACCUCCCGAAGAAGAAGCCUCCAGUGCUGUACAAGCCCACCAACCCCGACGGCCUGGCCUACCUGGACUUUAGCGUGUCCACUACUGGGAUGCUCGCUGGGGUCCAGAUGUCUCAUAAUGCAGUGGGGGCAUUCUGCCGCUCGGUGAAGCUCCAGUGUGAGCUGUAUCCGUCCAGAGAAGUGGCCAUCUGCCUCGACCCAUACUGUGGCCUGGGCUUUGUGCUCUGGUGCCUCUGCAGUGUGUACUCGGGCCACCAGUCCAUCCUGAUCCCUCCUGUUGAACUGGAGACAAACCCCGCUCUGUGGCUACUCGCGGUCAGUCAGCUCAGAGUCAGAGACACCUUUUGCUCCUACAGCGUCAUGGAGCUAUGCACCAAAGGCCUGGGACUGCAGACCGACUCACUCAAGGCCCGUGGUCUGGACCUGUCCCGUGUGCGUGCCUGUGUGGUGGUGGCUGAAGAGCGCCCCCGCAUGGCGCUCACUCACUCUUUUUCCAAACUGUUCAAAGACCUGGGCCUUCACCCACGCUCCGUCAGCACCGCAUUCGGCUGCAGAGUCAACCUGGCUAUCUGCCUGCAGGGCACUUCAGGACCUGAUCCUACCACUGUGUAUGUGGACAUGAGAGCGCUGCGUCACGACAGAGUCCGCUUGGUGGAGAAGGGUUCCCCUCACAGUCUGCCGCUCAUGGAGUCUGGGAAAAUCCUUCCCGGGGUCAGAAUCAUCAUCGCAAACCCAGAGACCAAAGGACCUCUGGGUGACUCUCAUCUGGGAGAGAUCUGGGUGCACAGCGCUCACAAUGGCUCCGGUUACUACAGCGGCUACGGCGAAGAGCUGCUGCAGUCCGACCACUUCAACUCGAGGCUGAGCUUCGGAGACACGCAGACGCUCUGGGCCCGAACCGGGUAUCUGGGCUUCCUGCGGAGGACUGAGCUCACGGACGCCAACGGAGAGCGGCAUGACGCCCUGUUUGUGGUGGGGGCCCUGGAGGAGGCCAUGGAGCUGCGGGGGAUGAGGUACCAUCCCAUCGACAUCGAGACCUCAGUCACACGAGCACACAAGAGCAUCGUAGAGUGCGCCGUGUUCCCGUGGACUAACCUCCUGGUGGUGGUGGUGGAGCUCGAGGGCUCGGAGCAGGAGGCGCUGGAUCUGGUUCCCAUGGUGACCAAGGCGGUGCUGGAGGAGCAUUACCUCAUUGUGGGCGUGGUCGUGGUCACGGACAUCGGCGUCAUCCCCAUCAACUCCCGCGGCGAGAAGCAGCGGAUGCACCUGCGCGACGGCUUCCUGCAAGACCAGCUCGACCCCAUCUACGUGGCCUACAACAUGUAG